UAAUUUUUUCGUCCGGCUGUGGCUAUAUAAUUUUAUUGAGGGGACAUAUUUGGGUAGCUACAAACCAUCCUUCUUCAUCAAUUUUUUUAUUGAUUUGCAAUAAUUGUAGUUGGUCACGCAUCCUUGCUUCUCAGCACUGAAAGAAGAUCCGAAUUUCAGCAAAAACAAAACAAAAAACAAGUCAAAAUGAAUAUUCGCUGCACAGAACCUGAAGAUUUGAUGAACAUGCAACAUUGCAAUUUAUUGUGUCUGCCAGAGAACUAUCAAAUGAAAUAUUAUCUAUACCAUGGUUUGUCUUGGCCACAAUUAAGUUAUGUGGCAGAAGAUCCAAACAAAAAAAUUGUGGGGUAUGUACUGGCAAAAAUGGAAGAAGAACCAGAUGAUGAUAUCCAUGGACACAUUACUUCGUUAGCAGUAAAACGUUCACAUAGAAGAUUAGGUUUGGCAAGGAAGUUAAUGGAUCAAGCUGCUCGUGCUAUGGUUGAAAAUUUUGGUGCUAAAUACGUGUCUCUGCAUGUGCGUGUAAGCAACAGAGCUGCUCUUAACCUUUAUGAGAAGACUCUCAAGUUUGACAAAAGCGAAGUCGAGCCCAAGUAUUACGCAGACGGUGAAGAUGCAUACGCGAUGCGAAAGGCUUUAACCGGUUUUAGUAUGACGGAACACUGUGAGUACAAUUCCGAGGACGAGUCUUGUCUAGAAAUCAAAGACGCAGACAUUGAAAAACUUUCGUUAAACGCUACCUCAGACGAGUGUUCAAAGAAGGAGAGCAGUAACACGUGAUACAGUGAAAUAUAAAUAGUUUUGAUCGAGUUUCUUCCAAUACAUAAAUAAAUAAAUGCGA